GUGGUGGCUCAGGCUUUUCAAGCUCGAGGGGAGACUUGGGAUGGAGCAGAUUAAAAGGGCCAAUAAACUGUUUACCAAUGAUUGCAUAUUUCUGAAGAAAACUUUGAGCAUCCCAGUUAUAUCAGAGAAGCCUUUGUUGUUUAAUGGACUUAACUCCAUUGAUUCUCCAGAAAAUGAAACCGUUGAUAGUUUUUCUCAUGAAGAGGAGCCAGUAGUGACUGGGGAAGACCUCCCUCCUCCCAGUCCUCAAGAAUCCAAUGCUCUGUCUGUGCAGCCCGAGGAAGUCUCAGCCAGAGAUUUUCUGCAGAGACUGGACUUGCAGAUUAAGUUAUCAACACAGGCAGCCAAGAAACUAAAAGAAGAGAGCAGAGAUGAAGAAAGUCCCUAUGCAACUUCCCUCUAUCACAGUUAGGUGAUUUGGAGGUGUAACUCUAACCUGGAUUAAAACAUGGUUGAACCAUAAAGAAUCCAACAGCUGCAGAUUCAAAAGCAUCCAUAGCAUACAUCUUCAAAUCAUAAUCAGGUAGUUCCACCUACUGCAAUUGCACUGAAGUGGUUAGUUCCCACUGGCUUUCUAUAAAUUUUAAGUCUUUAUUAUGGCAUGAUGGCAAAAUUAUAUUCUAAAGCUCAUCACUUUUGUAGGUGGUGGUAGUUUUUAGACUAGCUUUUAUAAAUACUGGUUGACAUAAAGCAUCAAAGACUAUUUAUAUAUUUAAGCUAAAAAAAAAAUCUCCUUAUGAAUCCAAAUUAUGUGAAAAACAUGGUUGCUGUUUAAGUGAUAAUGAAUUUGCUGUGUGUUUAUAACUUAAGUGCUAUAUACAUAUAUAUUUCGAUGUCUUACAUAUUCUGUAUUAAUAUAAAGAACCAAAUUUUGUCUGCUAUUUUGUAAAAAUAAAUUACAAAAGUCUGAAUGAGAAAAUAAACUAUGUUUUCAAACUUGA